AAAUUUAUAAAGUAGACUCAGUAGAACAGCUGACUAUUUUUUUUAAAACUCACUUAUGGACGAAAAUGUCAAAAUUGUUUACGUUGCAAUUUUUGACAGCUUCAACCAAAGACUUUUAUGUCAAAUUAUUUGCCAUAUUUGUUUUAGUGGAAAAAAAUUAAAUUGUGUGUUGUUUUAUAAAAAAUAAAAAUAAAAGUGAAAAAACUUGAAUUUUGUGUGGUUUAUGUACUAAAAAAUUAUGAAAAGGUGUAUAAUUUGCAAGAAAAUUUCCAAAAAAGGAAAUGGGAGCUUUUUUAUUGUCCCCACAGAUGAGAGGAGGCGACGAAAGUGGAUGGAGGCUUGCAAGAUGCAACUCCCGGCACCUGCUUAUGUGUGUAUGGACCAUUUCUCUCCAUCAAAUUUUAUUAAAAGCGGUCGGUGUUUGAACUUGAUAUAUGAUGCUGUUCCUUCCGUUCAACCAAUAAACAACUUUUGUUUGGGUCUACGUGAUCCUGCCGUUAAUCGUCUUACUUUAGUUUAUAGUUCGGGGAAAAUGUUAAGCAUUUGUUUAAGUCUCUUGCCUUCAGAACAAAACCGGGAGACACUACAUUCGAAGAUGAGUUUCAUUUGUUAUCACCAGUACACCCUCUGCAGCCACAGUUUUCCAAUAGAAACAACUUUUGUUUGGGUCUACGUGAUCCUGCCGUUAAUCGUCUUACUUUAGUUUAUAGUUCGGGGAAAAUCUUAAGCAUUUGUUUAAGUCUCUUGCCUUCAGAACAAAACAUCUAAUGGGAUUUUCAGCUGUUAUGCAUGAUUAUAGCAGUAACACUGCUACAUCGUUUAGUGCUGAAGAUCCAAAGAAAAUAAAAAAAAAUGAUGAAAUACAUUCGGGUACCGAAGAAGAUUGACAAUUUAUGUUGUCCAUUCUAGAUGGAUCGGAUAAUAAACCAUCAAAAGAAAAUUAUUCACAAUGUACAAUAUUGAUACUACGGCUUGUUUAUUCAUACAAUGCUGGCGAUAUUUUAUAGUUUUCAUUUACUCUAUGAGGACUUUAAAUUGGACGAUAUUAUGCAUGCACAUUUGUUGCCAUUAGCCAAGUUUCUGCAUCAAUUGGCCUACGUAAUGCAAUUACAAUCUUAUACUUUUCGUCAUGCUAUGGAUUUUCCUUUGCUGGUGAAAAAUUGUUCCAAGACUUGUAUUUUAACCGAACAGCAUGGUUCUCAAAUGUCUUACAAGGAACUUUCACAGGUGCAAGCUCCUAGUGUUUUUAACCAACUGAAUGCAUUGCCGUAUAAUUAUGUGGAAGGUGAAGUGAGGCGUAGGGAUUUACGAAAUUAUGCCCUAAAUAAAAGUUCAAAUUAUUCGCAAAAUAUGAACAUAGUCACGGAAGACUCCUUAUCGGCUCGUUGUCCACCCUCUAAAAGUGGCAUAUCACAAAUGGAAGGUGCUUUAGAUGAUGGCAUGGAUAAUAUAGGUACCAAAUUCUUAAGUCUACGUUAUCCGGAUGAUAUGCGCAUAACAGAUAGAUAUUACACAAUCGCCUGGAACUUCUGAUCAUGAAUUUAUUGAGGAGCAAGAAAAACAAUUAUUUACAUUGUGCACUCGUACCAUGACUUUACCUUUGGGUAGAGGAGGUAUGUUUACUUUAAGAACCAACGGAAUCAAUGCCAAUACCAAAACUAUGUCUAACCAGCAAGAAACCUAUUAAAGGAACCACUGUUGAAAUGCAGCAAAUUGAAUUCCAGGCCAAUAUGAGUUUAUGGCCAACAUUUCAUAAUGGUGUAGCAGCUGGCCUGAAAAUAUGAUCAAAUGCACGGGAUGUACCCUCCACCUGGAUUGUUUACAAUAAGCCAAAACGACCAGCCGAGAAUAAGUGAAUAAGUCCAGAAGUAGUUUCCAUAUUUCUUGGAGAAAAAAUACUAUAUUUCUAUUAAAUGUAUGUCAAACUUAAAUAAAUUGCUGACACAUUUUUUA